GCAACCCUGUGGUUGUCUUUAUCUUGUUUUCAAUCAUUUGAAAAUUUAUUUGAGGCGGACGCUCGACGAUUUACAUUUUUUUCAGCCCAAUUGCUUUUCUCCCUUCAGCUAUAAAAGGUGCACAGUCAUUUGAGUAUAUAAUAAAAGAGCGUAUGUAAAUUCAGGUUGGCUUUUGCGGUUUUCGUUAAGGGCGCCAAGUAAACGGCAUUUAUUUAAAACCUCUCAUCUUGGCAAAAGCAAUUUUCGCAAGAUAUGGGCGACUACAAGCUAUUAAAUAAAGAAAUAAUAGAUGCUAAUCGAGAAUUAAAACAAACUCUAUCCGCAUACCAAACAGAGUUGGUGAAAAUGCGCGGCGAAUUGAUGGAACAGCGUCGCGUUCAAGUUGAGGCAGAACGUGAUUACCGCGACAGUUUGCUUUCAUUUUGGUCACAAAAUUUUCUUUCGUUUGCACGUAAGAUCGACGAAAACGUUAAUGUAUUGGAGCUACUGGGCCAUGACAAAUCAGCACAGAGCUUGAAUUCUCAUGUCGGCAUCCGCGGACAAAGUAAUAGCACACGUCGUAGAAGCACACAGCUUGUUUCAGACUUUCGACGCUCAAGUGCAGUAUGCCGCCAACGAAGUGUAGUACAUAUGUCGCCAACACGCCGCCAACGCGAAGACAAUGCAAUUGAAGAGGAACAUGAGACGGGCCCUGUGGUUGGAGACGAAAAUCUAAGCGGAAGUGACAUGGAUUUGGAUAACUCAUUAAAUGUUAUUGACGUCGAUAACGACGAGACUUUUGAAAAUGCACAGUUGCGAUGCAUUCGAGAAGGCAAUGAGGAAGAGGAAAAAGAAACGGAUGAAGGUGAAGAGCACAAUGAGACUUAUGAGGAGUCCAACAGACAACCAAUAAGAGAUGUAACAAAUUGGAAUGUGGAGCACAGAGAUCCCAAAGCGUGCGUUGCAACUAGGCGCGGUAAAGGGCAACGUCUACGGAAUGACAGUGAAAACUCAAUAGAGCUUGCGCGUAAUAUUGAACAAGAUGACAGACAACAAUCGGCGAGUCAUUUGAGUGAGGGUGAUGUAGAAGAUGACUUGACCAAUAUACUGCAUUGUACUUUACAUGUGUCACGUAGCGCAAACGAUUUGCGCGAAUUAACUAAUAGUAAUGGGCAAACAAUUAAUCCAUUCCAAAAUGAGAACUUAAACCGACAUCUUAGGGUUAGAGUGCAACGGCUACACGAGCCCCAAAAAAAUGAUGUUCACUUUGCUAAUGAAGCCCUUAUAGAAAAUGUAAUAAGACCAGAAGAAGAGCCCUCGAGCGUAGAUGUAAGAAAAUACUAUGGUGAACAGGAACAUGAUCCCCUCUUAGGUAUAACUACAUUGUCACUGGGGGAUUUCCAGGAGUUAUGCUCUAGUACACCUUGCCACAAAAGAGCCCAAGCGGAUUCAGAAAACAGAAGUAAUGAAAAUUCUGAAUUAUACUCCUUUAGCUCAACUUGCCAAACGAUGCGUCCAUCGCGCAGAUGUGCGCCAAAAGCCUUGGCAGAACCAAGUUUAAAAGAAAAGCUUCGCAGUGACAGUGGAAAAAGAAGACCAAAAAAACGUUGAACAUUUUAUUUCGUAGAUAGUGCACUUCAUCAUCAGCAUAGUUAAUAGUUUUAAUUCAUUUGUACUAUUUGCACAUUUUGUUUAUUUAUGUAUGUAAUAAUAAUUAAACAAGUAAUUUUUAGCAAAA